AUGGCUGAGCAUGAAGUACAUAGCACAUAGAAUCGAAAUACAUACAUUGAAUGGUUGCUGCUUAUACGUAAGAAAAUAAGAAAAUUAGAACCAAUAAAUUAAAGAUAUAUAGUUAUGUUUAAUGCGUAGUGUGGUGCAUUUAUAUCAAUUAUGAGUUUAAUAUUUUCUACUGAAGAAGGAUGGAUAAUAUCUCAUUUAAAAUAUCUUAAUAAUAUUUAUACAAACGUAAAAAAUAAUAACACACAGUGUAAACUAAUUUUUGAUGAAAUUUUAUUUGAAAUAAAUUCUCAAUACUUACGACAAAAUCAAACAACCCAAUCUGAACAACAAGAAGGAAUUUCAUUACAAAGUAAAACUAGAAAAAGAAAGCGAUCAAAACUUUUGCCAGACGCAGAUUUAAAAGAAAUAAAUUAUAUCAAGAAAACAUUUAGCAAGAUAAUUUCAAUUGUAAAAACAGAGGGAUUAAUUUCUACGAAUAUAUUAUCUGAUAAUAAUGAAGCAGCACGCUUGGCAUCACAAAAAUUUUAUCAAGAUACAUUUUGCAACGAAGAGGAAAAUUUUUAUGGGUGCAAUGAUAUGGAUAUAGCUAUUACAUCAGAAUUAAAGGAAAAGAGAUAUGUUUUCCCUCAAAAAUGUAAAUUUUAUUGCUAUGAUGUAAGAGACAUCGCAAACAAGCUGGGCCUAAACAACCAAUAUGAUUUUAUAUUGUUGGAUCCUCCUUGGUGGAACAAGUCUAUAAGAAGGAAAAAAAACAAAUAUUCAGAAGCUAGCUAUAAAAUGAUGUACAAUGAAGAGUUGGCUAAGAUACCAAUUGGCAAAUUAUUAUGUUCAAAUGGGCUUGUAGCAAUAUGGUGCACUAAUGCUCCAAGUCAUCUACAUAGCAUCUUUAAUAACAUAUUUCCAUCGUGGGGAGUUACAUACAGAGCAAAAUGGUAUUGGGUUAAAAUUACUCAAGGAGGAAAUACAAUAUGUAAUUUUAAUUCUGCUCCUGGUAAACAACCUUAUGAAUUGCUAGUUCUGGGAUCUGUAGUAAAUGGAAAUGAAAUAAACAUUCCUAGUGGUAAACUACUAAUAAGUGUACCAAGUGCUGUACAUUCCCAUAAACCACCACUUACAGAAGUUAUGAGAGAAUAUCUUCCAAAUGAACCAAAGUGUUUAGAAAUAUUUGCUAGAUACUUACUUCCUAAAUGGACAAGUUGGGGUCUUGAAGUAUUGAAGUUUCAACACUUAUCGUUAUAUACAAUGAUAGAAGAAACAAAAGAAACUCAAAACAAUACUAACACAGUUGUAAAUAAAUUGAUUAAUUAGUAUUAAAUUAGAAGAGAAAAAAUA